CCUUACGAGUGUUUAUAAAAGUGCAAGUUGUGGUGUGCUAUGAGGUAUUACGCAUCAAGCUUGCAUGAGAGAAGGUCUUUGUUGAAAUGGGGUCUUUGUCGAUAUCUCUUCUGCUGUGCCUGGCUACAGUACUUCUUACCAAUGUCACCUGCCAAAGAAAAGGACGUUCCGUCUGUCCCUGUCUCAAAACUACAAACACUGUUUUAUCAAAGAAAAACAUUGUAUAUUACAAAAGACAAAAAGCAGGCACCUGCCAUAUUGAUGCCAUUGUAUUUACGACAGUUAAAAACAGAAUUAUCUGUGCCGAUCCAAAGAAGACUUGGGUGACAGAAGCCAUUCAAUAUGUGGACAAAAAGAAAGGAGCGAUUAAAUCGACAGCACGUCCUGUAAACUCAACGCCAACAUAUAAAACAACACCAGCGCAGAACACAACAUCAGACUUGAAUACAACACAACUGCUCAAAGAGCCUGAUCAUCUGAAAUCCGCAAAAAAGUGUUAAAAUUGUGUAAACGUUCCCCUCUGUAAUUAUUUAAAUGUUUGUGCUGCUGUUUUAUAAGAUUUCAACUUUUGUUCUGUAAAUUGAUGCCCAUAACUGACUUUACGAUAACAAUAAAAUGACUAGCUUUCAUUCAGAAACAA